UUUUUCAAGCAAACAACUAUUUCCCUUUUUUUUUCACCUCCCCUGUGUAACCACAGUCGAUCCACUCCACCAAACUGUAUAUACAGUCACUGCAUACCUCAAGACCUUCCUUCUUUCUUUAUUUCAGGCCAGUGUCUGUCGGUCCAGUAUGCUACAUCGACAUCACAUUAUAACUUUUACCUGCAACAAAUAAUUAAAACACACCUUGAAUUAAUAAAAAAAUAUUUACACUAAUAUUUUUUUUAAAUAUAAAAAAUUUGUUUUUUAAAAUUACAAAAAAAUAUCAAUAUCGUUUUUUUUUUUUUUCUUUUCUUUUAAUAUUUCAUGAUAAAUAUUUAAAAGGUCACUGUGUGUGCAUGUGUGCAUGUGUGUGUGUAUAAUUUUAAUACAAAAAAUGUGAGGUAAAAAUGUUGCGAUUAACGUGUUGGUUGUUUAUUUGGAUUUAAAUAUUAUUAAACUUUAAUUCAACACGGAUAAUAAAAAUGAAAAUAAUUUAUUUACUGUGGAUAUUCAGUGUAAUAACAACAACAGGAUGGAGUCAAGUGAUAAAUCGUGCACCUCAUUUUAUACAAGGUGGCGAUAUGGCACGUCUUGCUGUAUCAGAAGGUACACAACCAGGUAUUGCUGUUUAUACACUAAAAGGUGAAGAUCCAGAAGGCUCAAAACUUCAUUAUUCCAUCAGCGGCGAAUAUUUUCGUGUUAAUCGAGAAACUGGUGUUGUUACACUUAGAAAAUCAUUGGAUCGUGAAACUCAGGAUCUUAUUGAAGUCAUUAUAAGCAUUACCGAUGAAGGUGUUGCUGGCUCUGAGCCAAAUACAGUAUCUUUGAGACGUGAAAUUGCUGUACUAGAUGAAAAUGAUAAUCCACCAGUUUAUCAGGGACGACCUUAUGCAACAAGAAUACCAGAAAGUGCUAAAAUUGGUGGUUUAUUAUUAGAUGAAGGAACAAUAAUAGUUAGUGAUCUUGAUGGUGGUGUAAAUGCUGAUGUAGAUGUAAAAUGUAUACCAACAUCAUUUGACGAUGAUACAUGUGCUGUGUUUGACAUAGUUACCGAAAAGAUAUCUGAAGGAACCUACGAUGUAAAAAUUACACUGAGUCAACCAUUAAAUUAUGAACGUAGAAAUUCUUAUCUUAUAACAUUACUAGCAACUGAUGGUGCAAGUGAUCCAACAAAAAGACUACAAGCACGUGCAACAGUUGCUGUUGAUAUACUUGAUGUUCAAGAUCAACCACCAAUAUUUUUAAAUGCACCAUAUAGUGCAGCAAUACCAGAAAAUACAUCACCAGGACAUACUGUAUUAACAAUACGUUCACGUGAUGGUGAUACUGGUGAAUCACGAUCAAUUUUAUUAAGUUUAGAGGGUGAUGAUUUAAAUCAUUUUGAUUUAAAAACAUCACGUGAAGGUGACAUCACUGUGGGAACAUUAGUGACAACGGAUGUUGCAUUAGAUCGUGAAGAAACAAGAAUUUUACAUGAUGGUGGAAUUUAUACAUUUAAAGUACGAGCAACAGAAUUAAUUAAUGAUGAAAUACCAGCUGACUCAACAUUGUCUGUAAUAACAAUUGUCGUAACUGAUGUUGAUGAUCUUUUUCCAGUAUUUAAUGAGCCAUUUUUUCAUGUAAAAAUUUUUGAAGAUAUUGGUUUUGAUACACCACUACCAGGACUCAAUAUGGUAGUAAGUGAUGAUGAUGUUGGUGAUAAUGCAAAAUUUAAAUUAGCUCUUAGAGAUGCACCAGGUUAUCCUGGUAUAAGUAGAGCAUUUACUGUAACACCAGAAAAUGCACAAGGACGAGUACCUGUUGUAAUAAGACCACGUAAUCUUCAAGUUCUUGAUUACGAUGUUCAUGAUAUAUCAAAACGUGAAUUAGAAUUUGAUGUAACAGCAUCAGUUAAUAAUCAUGUAUCAGCAUUUUCACGUGUUCAUAUUAAACUACUUGAUGCUAAUGAUCAUAGUCCAUUAUUUUCAGAAUCAGUUUAUAAAUUAACUGUUCGUGAAGAUGCUAAAAUUGGUACUAAAUUUGGUGAUAUUAUUGCAACAGAUAUGGACAGUGGUUUAUUUGGAGAAAUGACAUUUACACUUCGUGGAUUUGGUGCUGAUAAAUUUAAAACUGAUUCAAAACAAGGAGGUAUUUGGGUUGCUAAAAGUCUCGAUUAUGAAACACAAAAAUCUUAUUCAUUGACAAUGGAAGCAAGAGACGGUGGUGGUAAAGUUUCAACUGUAAGUGUACUUAUUGAAUUAGCUGAUGUUAAUGAUAAUCCUCCAGUUUUUGAACAACAAGAAUAUUCACGAACUGUAAGAGAAGGAGCAACUAGUUUUGAUCCACAAAUGUUUGUUAGAGCAACAGAUAUAGAUGGUCCUACUCAUGGAAAUGGAAAAGUAACUUACUCAAUUAGUCGACACAAUGGUAUGUCUGAGGGUAUUUUUAAAAUAAAUCCAGAAACUGGUGAAGUAAUAAUAAAUUUACCAGCAAAUUCUGGAGAUACAGAACGAGGUAUUUAUGAAUUAGAUAUCAGAGCAACUGAUCAUGGCUAUCCACCUUUGUAUUCAGAAGCUAAAUUUUUUGUACGUGUUGGUGUACCGGGUAAUCAAAAGCCAAUAUUUCGUGGUAAUUACAAAGGAGCACCAGGACCAAAUAAUUAUCGAGCAAAACUACUAGAAAAUGCAACACCAGGAACAGAAGUAAUUAGAGUUGUUGCUAAUGAUCCAGAUGGCCGAGAUAGUUUAUUACAAUAUUACAUUGCAUCAGGGGCUAAAGAUAAUUUUGUAAUUGACUCAAAUUCUGGAAUAAUUACAGUUUCACCUGACACAAGAUUAGAUCUAGAAACUGGUGGUGAUAAAUAUGAUGUUAUUGUUUAUGCAGUUGAUUCAGGAACACCCGUACGUGAAACAGCAACAACAACUGUUUCAAUAAAUAUUCUUGAUAUUAAUAAUAAACCUCCAAAGUUUAAAUACUCAACCUACUCAGUUUAUGUUUUAGAAAGAGCUCCAAUUGGAGAAACUGUUUUAAGAGUAUUAGCGAUUGAUCCAGAUUCAGAUGCAAAUAUUGAAUACAGUAUUAUUGAACCAAUAAAUGCAUCUGAUAAAACUGGAGUGGCAUUAAAAAGUACAAAUCCUUAUGAUUACAAAUCAGCAUUUAAAAUUAAUUCAACAACAGGCUCAAUUACUGUUAAUAAAGUAUUAGAUUAUCAAGUUGCUGCUGUAAUUAUUUUGACUGUUCAAGCAAAAGAUUUAAAUGCCAUAAUUGAUAAGGAAAAUCAAGUGGAUAAAGUUGAAGUAACAAUUUACAUUCAAGCAUUUAGUGAUGAUAAUCCAAUUUUUUUGAAUUCUGGAUGGUCAGCUAAUAAUCCUACAAUUAAAGUCACUGUUCCUGAAGAACAACCACUUGGUACAACUGUAUUAAUGCUAUCAGCAAAAGAAUCAAGUGGUCGACCAGUACAAAGAUUUGAAUUAAUGCGUCAAGAAAAUGAUGAAGGCUAUGUAAACGUUGGUGUACAAAGUGGAAACGUUGUAUUGAGCAAACGACUUGAUUACGAAACAUUAAAAGAUAAAUUAAUUAAAUUUAAAGUACGUGCACUUGCUAGGGAUUAUGAAAUAACUCGAAAAAUGUCUGAGACAACUGUGAUUGUAGAAAUUAAUGAUAUUAAUGACAAUAGCCCUGUUUUCGAUCAAAAAGAUUAUAAAAUUUCAAUAUUAGAAGAUUCAAAACCUCACAAAACUGUAUUAAAUGUGAAAGCCAUUGACAUUGAUAGUUCAAAUAAUGAAGAAGAAACUACACGUGGAUAUGGUGAAGUAAGAUAUUCGCUAACUGGUGAAAAUGCAAAUUUAUUCGAAAUAAACUUAAUCAAUGGAACUAUUUCAAUAGCCAAUGAUGUUAAACUCGAUAGAGAACAUCAAUCUGUGUUACGUUUUUACGUUAUCGCUUCAGAUAUGCCUCAAGGUGGUGCAGAACAAAGAACAACAAGAGCAUUAGUCACUGUUAAUGUUCUAGAUGUCAAUGACAAUGCACCAAAUUUUCCUCAAGAUUCUUAUACAGCAGUAAUUCCUGAAAAUGCACCACUUGGAGUAAGUGUUGUAAAUAUAUCAGCCUCAGAUCCUGAUGAAGGAAAAGGAGGUCAAAUACACUUUGAAAUUAUUGAUGAAGGUGAAGCAAAUGGACUUUUUAAAAUAAACCACACGAGUGGUGAAAUAUUUUCAAAUAAAAAAUUAACUGGAAAAGGAAGAACUGAACCAUAUAUUAUGAGAAUAAGAGCACAAGAUGGAGGUCAACCUAUUCUUCAUUCUGAUGUUUUAUUAACACUAUAUAUUGGUGAUGUUGUUAGUAAUGAUGGUGUACCACUUUUUAUUCGACCAACUCUUGAAGAAAUUGCAUAUAUUUCUGAAAAUUCAACAAUUGGAAGUCCAGUUUUUCAAGUUGUUGCUUCAGAUCCAGAUGAUCCAAAUCUUCCAAAUGGAAAAAUAACAUUUAAAUUUUUAGAAGAUGGUAAUUUUGGAAAUGAUGCAAGUUCUUUUAAAAUUAAUGGAGAGACUGGUUUAAUAACAACUAGAAAACUUUUAGAUCGUGAAACAAAAGAUAGUUAUACUCUUAUUUUAGUUGCUCAAGAUCUUGGUGAGCCACCACAGCAAGCUUCUAGAGUUCUUCAAGUUGUAAUUAAUGAUAUUGAUGAUCAUAAACCUCAUUUUAAAAGAAAACUCGACAGUCCACCAGUAGAAUUAUUUGUCGAAGAAGAAGUAAUGACAGGAACAAAAAUUGGAAUCAUAGAAUCAAUUGAUGAAGACAUUGAUGAAAAUGGAAAAAUUGAUUAUGUAAUUAUUUAUGGUAAUGAAAAAGGGUUAUUUGAGAUUGAAAGACUUGAAAAUAAUUCAGCUGUUAUCAAGACUGUCGGUAGAAUUGAUAGAGAAAUUUCUGAUCGACAUUUAUUGACAGUAAAAUGUUUUAAGUAUCCAGCAAAAAAUACUGAUAUUAUUUUAAAGCCAUACAACAGACAAGAUCCAUCAGAACGACAAGUGUUAAUACGAGUUAUUGACAUUGAUGACAACUUGCCAAAAUUUCGAAAAGACAAUAUAACUAUUGGAGUUCGAUUGAAUGUUCCAAUUGAUACAAAUGUGAUUACUUUGGAAGCAUACGAUGAAGAUGUAAGUGCAAAUCCUAUCAACUACAUAAUGGGAAAAGUAUUUUUUACAUCACUUGCCGAAUCAAGUAUGUUCAAAAGAGAAAUACCUUCUUAUUUAUCAUUGAAUAAUCAAACUGGUGAAAUACGAACAACUGGAUCUAUGGCUGGUUAUGCUGAUGGCUUUAUGGAAAUUCCAAUCAUUGCAAACAAUACUCAAUCAACCGAUAGACAAACGCAUAUGAUUCUUCGAAUAUUUUUACUUCGAGACAGAGAUAUGUUAAAAUUUGUAUUUUCAAAACCACCAGUUGAAGUUAGAAAAACGUUAGAAGAAUUUGAAAAAGCUGUACAACAAGCAUUAUCACUUCCAAUUACAGUCAAUGUUUAUGAUACACAAUUUUAUGCUAAAGAUGAUAAUUCAUUAGAUUUUUCAUCAACAAGUUCAUGCUUUCAAAUGGUCGGACGUGAAGCAUAUGAUCUUGAUGAAAUGAAAAUAUUAUUAAGAGAUCAAACAAAUGAAGAAUUAAGAAAAGUAUAUCAACAAUAUCAUGUUGAAAAAGUACAACAUUGUGCAACACUAGUGACACGUGCUGAUGCAUCAAAGACACAAAAAUGGGUACUUUUUAUAUCUGUAUUCAUUGGUAUUGCUACAAUUAUUUCAAGCUGUACACUUUGCUGUAUGCACUCAAAGUAUAAAAAAAAAGUUAAACAUGCUCGAUUGAGAGAACAAACAAGACCUCCAUUGAGUUAUGUAUCAUCAGGACCAGGAAUGAUUAAUGCUCAAUCACACACAACUUUGGGUACUCUUGGACCUGGGACAAUUGUUACACUUGGACCUCAUGAUGGCUCAUAUGAAUGGGGAGCUGAUACAACACUUUAUCAUCCAAGUACUUUAUCAAGAGCGUGAUUUUAAUUUAUAUAAUUGUUGAUGAUAAUAAUAGUAAAAAAACUUUAUAUUUGGUGCUGAUAUAAUUUUCAAUAUAUUCGGCUUUUUAAUGUAUAUUAUUUUCAAGUAAUUGAGUGAUUUGAAUUAAAUUAAAUUCUUGAAAAAUAUAUGUUACUGAAUAGAGAUUAGUUCUCAAUAAAUUUGUAUAUUAUAUAAUAUUAUAUAAAUUAUGGUAAAUAUUUUUUUUACCAUUUAAAUUGUUGCCAAUUU